AGAAGCAGGUCUGUUGAAGACGUCAAUUUAUGUCGACCUCCGUCGCAUUCCGUCGAAGCCUUGUGGCAACGCGUGAUGCAAUAUGACGACAUUGUUUGUUUCGACGCCACAGAGCCGCAUGGAAAUCAGGGAAGCACCAGCCACACUUCUGAAAGAUUGACAACACUCACUCUCCGGCCACUGACUUGUUCAACAUUCAGCCGCGUUGCGUCCUCUCCCACGCGACAUUCAUUGCCAACCUCCUUUUCCUGUGCAGUGAAUGAUGUGGUAGUCGCCCCGCAUUCACUCCUCCUUCACCCACUCCUUGCGUUCCUCUACAUCUUCCGUUGAACCUCAACAACCGCCAACAACCCUCCAACAUCACCUCCAACCAUGGCGCAUCCCGAAGUCCACUGGCGAUGGACGCCUUCCCACCUCACCCUCUUGCCUGAAGCUAUCCCCCCCGUCCUCCCUUCUCCAGUCGGCGAAGGCAAUCUCCGAGCACCCUUCGGCAUCGACCACGAUGUGUACAACUUCGUCCUCCGCCCCGAGAUCCCCAUCGCCGUCGCCAGCAUAUACAUGUUGCUCGUCCUCAACUUCAACUCCUACAACCGUCGACGCAACAGCCAGCCAUGGAAGAUCAGUCGCACACCAGAAUUUCGAUACUUUGUCAUAGCACACAACAUCUUCCUCGCGCUCUACAGCUUCGCGACCUUCAUCGCCAUGGGCCGCGCCGCUUCUCGCGUGCUUCCGUCUUGGGAUGAAGAGCAUUGGAAUGUCAAGGCCACCGAUGCCUUCUGCAAGCUGCAUGGCCCGAGAGGCUUGGGAGAUGCGGCGACAUUCAACACCACAAUCAACAUCUGGGAGGUCAAGAAUACCGCCAUCCAUCUAACCAGCAGAGGCGUUCCCGAUCCCACAGACGUGGGCAGAUUGUGGAACGAAGGCUUGGCUUUCUGGGGCUGGUUCUUCUACGUGAGCAAGUUUUACGAAGUCAUCGACACCUUUAUCGUGUUGGCCAAGGGGAAAAGGAGUGCAACGCUCCAGACAUACCAUCACGCCGGCGCCAUGCUGUGCAUGUGGGCUGGUAUUCGCUACAUGAGCCCUCCGAUCUGGAUGUUUGUUUUUGUCAACUCGGGCAUCCACGCGCUGAUGUACACGUACUACAGUCUCUCUGCGCUAGGCUACAGAGUUCCGCAGAACCUCAAGCGCACUCUGACGAUGCUUCAAAUUGGACAAUUUGUCUGGGGCGCAUCAUACGCUGCCGCCCAUCUCUUCAUCCAAUACGACAUCCCGAUUGAUAUCCCCUACAACGUCAUGCGAACGUUCCAGCGCGCAGCGAGUUCCGUCCAAUCCGCCGCGCACUCCGCCCCCUCGGCAGUCUCGGCAGCCAUCGCAUCCCCUCCCGCCGCUACAGCCAUCGGUGCCUUCAUCAAAAAGCUACUGCUCCGCGCCGCAGGUGACGGAGGCGUUGCCGAACGAGUCUCUUAUCCGCACGGGGAUGGCCUGUUCCCACCUACGACCACUCCGAUCGCCGGAAAUGCAGCGGGCAAUGCAGCGCAAAAGGCGCACCAAGUUUGGGAGCAGACGGUCGAGACGCGCUAUCGCACCGACUGGACGAGGAUCAACUGCAUCGACACCACGGGCGAGGCGUUUGCCAUCUACUUGAACCUCAUCUACUUGUCGCCCCUCACAUGGCUGUUCCUGCGCUUCUUCUCACGCGCCUAUCUCCAGCGCAGUAGGGCGCGCUCGGGCUCGCAGACGUUGCACGAGGUCGCAGAGGCCGCGAGGGACGCGAGAAGGCAGGCUAAGCAGGCUGUUGAGCGAGCUGGCAAGGAUGCGGAGGACGAGGUCGCGAAGAGAGGAAGUCAGGCGGAGGCAGAAGUUAAGAAGGAUGUGCAGCGCGUCAAGCAAUCCUUACGCGAAGGCAAAGUCCAGGAAAACGUGAAACAGACGGCCUCGAACGCCGCUAGAAAGGCGGAGACGUACGCGGACAAGGCAAAAAGCACCGCCAAAGACGCAGGGAAGCGAGUCGAGGAGUCGAGCAAGAACAUCUCCGGCUCGGUGAAGUCUACCUCGACGUCGCAGACUUCGUCGUCGACUACAUCGUCCACAUUUGGGCGAUCCGAGUCCUCCGCGACGUUUGAGCGUGGCGGCGGGGGCUUGUUCCGGCGUAGCUGGGCCGAGGACACGGAGGAGUCGGAGGGGAAGCAGGAUGCGAAUCUCGAGGCGUCGCAGCCGUUGAGGCCGGAUCCGGAGGUGGAUGCGGAUGCUAUGGGGAAUAGCGGGGUGAGGCUUUGA